AUGUAUGGAAAAUUUUUGAAGGGGUCUAUUUUUUAUCUCUGUAUGCUUUUUCCAUUUUUUACAUGUGAGUGUAAUAAUAUAAAAUUAAAUGAUAAAGAGAAUAUAAUUUUUGAGAGUUAUUUUAAUAAAAAUACAAAUGAAGAGAAUGUAUUAAACAAAAAGGUAGGGAAAGAAAUGGAUGAUCGAUUUGUUGCACAUAAAUCUAUGGAAUUAAACAUUAAUCAUCAUAAUAUUAAUAAUGAUAAAGAUUUAAAAAAUAAUGAAUAUCAUGAUUCUUAUCAUAAUUGGAAGGAUAGGAAAUUUUCUGAUAGUUUAAAAAGACAUAUGGAUGACCUAAAGAUAUUAAAUAAUGAUUUAAAAGAACAUAUAAAUAAAAAAGAGAGAAAUGAAAGAUAUGAUAAUAAUGAUUUACAUAAAUAUAUAAUAAAAGAGAUACAAAAUAAUAGAUAUUUAAAUAAAGAAAAUAAAAGUAGUGAUGAUAUAAAAAUAUUAGAAGAACAUUCUAAAAAAUUACAAAGAGAAAUACAUGAAUGGUUAGAAUCUGUUAAUAAUAUUGAAGAGAAAUCAAAUAUUUUAAAAAAUAUUAAAAGUCAAUUAUUAAAUAAUAUAGCUUCUUUAAAUCAUACACUCUCAGAAGAAAUAAAAAAUAUUAAUGAUAUAAAAGAAUUACAACAACAGCAAAAUAAUAUAUUUUCUGAGAAUCUAUUAUAUUUUCUUCCUUCUUCAUCAGAUUAUGUCUUAAAUGAAAACAAAAAUAAUAUAAAAGAUAAUAUAAAUAAUAAUCAUAAAUAUAACAUUUUUAAUUAUUUACAAAACAUUCAAGAUAAGGAUAACAACAAUAAUCAUCAUCAUCAUAAUAAUAUCCAUAGUGGUCAUUCAACUCAUAAUCAUAUUUUAUUAACUUUUAUAAUUUUUUUCUUAAUACUUUUAAUUUUAUAA